AUGCCUAACACGAAAGAGUCCAGCCAGGGAGACCCCCUGAGGGACAUACACCCAGUGUUGGCAAACUUGACUAGUCAGCUGAUACCUCAGUACAUGACUAAGAUUCAAAAGGCCAAACCCUCCAAUCCGGAGGAUGAAAUGGCUGACCUACUGGAAACAGCCUUAACCACGACACUUCGUGACAAAGAGCUCACUAGACGCAUGUCUGUCGUGAUGUCUUCUCAGCUUGAGUAUAAAGACUACUUGCUGGAAUGCGCUUUAGCAAAGAUAAAGACGCAAAAAGAAGAAAACAGCGCUCUGAAAAAGACGCUAGAAGAGACUAAGAAGUCUCUAAGUGUUUUAGAAAAACACAGUGCCAGAUGUGAAGCGUCAAAGCUUCCCUCACUGAUAAGUCAUGAAGAAAAUCUUGAUCUCAAAGACAAGAUUGAAAGACUUAAUGAAACCCUUUACAAAAAGGAGAAAGAACUUGAUGACACGAAUAAUCAGCUUGCUAAGACCACAGAGGAUCUGAUACAGUCAGAAUCCCUGCUAGAGCAAGCAACAGAAGAUGUAAAAGCUUUGAAAGCACUGGUCAAAGUGCGUGCUGAAGCUCUUGAAGUUAAGGAGAAGCAAACUUCUACCUUACGGCACCAGCUCCAUAUAGCUCAAAGACAGUUAAUUCUUUGUCAAGAACGGCAAGAAGAGAUAGGCAAAGAACUUGAAGAUGACCAAAGAGAGUUACAAUGCUCCCUCCAGUCAGGUCGAGCCCAAAGAGAACGCAUGGAGCAAACGUUUCUUGAAGAAAUGAUAGGUGAUCAGCCUCCUGAGAGAGCGCCAUCACUUCCUUCCAAACCAACUCUUAAGUAUAUCUCUCAGCAUCAUGACAGGACCCUGCUUGACCCUGAGAGGUCAUCCUUAAACCAAGAGUCCUACUCUCCUCCUCAUGAUGGCUUCUUACCAUCUCCCUCAGAUAGGGAUCUUGACAAAAUUGCUCGCAACCUAGCACGCUUUGAACCUGAGCACCAAGGUGCUAUUGACACCUGCACCUACUUGAAAGACAUUGACUUUUACCUGAGGAAAUGUCCAGGUGCAACCGUUGAUGACAAAAUCUACCUUAUUAAGGCGACGUCAAGUCGAGAGGUUAGCAGUUUCCUUGAACGACAGCCUUAUCAUGUCAGAAAUAAUUAUGACUUGCUCUGCCAAGCAUUAAUUGAAGAGUUUUCUGACUAUUUGACCCAGACAGGCCUCUCUGCUGCUCUGUCUAUUAAACAAGGGAGAUCAGAACCUCCCCAACAUUAUUACAACCGCUUACGCGAAGCUUACUUUGGUUUCCGAAAUGAACCAGAAAUGGAGGAGGACUUGAACUUCAAAACGCUGUUCGUCCAGAACCUCCACCCUACCACCAGUCAUCACCUUGGCGUCUUAGCUUGUCCAAACACUUCGACUAGCCGACAGCUUCGUGAACUUGCUGUAAAAGGUUUUGCCAAACAACGACAAACUUUGGCUAAGAAAGCAGAGCCCGUUACUCUCUUGGCUAUGGAGACAAAAUCACUGCCCAUGGAGCUGAACGAAGCUUCAGACUGUGUUUUUUCAGGCUCCGAUAAGCCUCCAAAUGAGUGGUUAACCAGGCCUCCAAAACCUUUUCGACCUCAACAAACUCACAAAGGUCAAAGUUACACACCAAGGCCCAGGUCUGACCCAGACCAAUGCCAGGUAAACUUUGAGACCAACUGUUGUUAUUCAGACUCCCGUCACGGUGGGUUUUAUCCCAGACAAAGGAAAAACCAUCAACACCGCCAAAGGGGGGUGAAUGACUGGCAGAAUCAGAGUAAAUCACACUCUCAGAAACGACGAUCUUAUUAUCCACCUCAAUCGGUUUCAUCCACUUCGAAGGUGAAUAAACAUGACAACUCAGCUAACCACUGA